GCAAAACGGCCGUGAGAUAGUUUAUUGCUUUCUUUUUCUUUAUAGAAUAGAAGAAAACCAACGCCUCUUCCCAUUUAAGACGCUUCCUAAACGCGUCUAUACAUACAAACAUUCUAUGCGUACAUAUUGUUAUGUGUAUCAUAUAACACAUCAUUUCUUUCCUGAAUUCAUCAAUAGAAAUGUAUACUGUAUUCCAAGGGGCUUUCACUCCGGAUUUCACCACAUCGCCGAGAGAUGUAUAUGCAUACGUGUUUGUAUGAAUGUCUAUAAUUGAGCUGUUAAUUUCUAUGUUGGGGAUUUUCUUUCUCAGACAAGACAAAUGGGCUACAUUAUGAUAUGAUCCUGCAAAAGCUGUGGUAUCUGCUCUGAUAGAUGCAUGAUUGCAUGGUCAGAUGGCCAGGCAAAGCAAUGGUAGGAAGAAGGCACGAUCUGAGUGUAUAGAUUCUGAUCAGUCUGAUGAGGAUUACAUGAUUGAUGAAAAUGAGUGUGAUGAAUCAGAGGAUGAAUACUCCUCUUUCAUCGAAGAUGAGUCUGAGGAGUGUGUAGGUACAUACACAGAUGUUAAAAAAGAGAAAGAGGCGAAGAGGAAGAAGGCGAGGAAUGCAGUUAGACAAAGAGCAUCAAGGACAAAGAAAAAGAGAUCUGUAAGACCUAGAAAAAGGAAAAGAGUUUCAUACAAAGAAGUUGAUGCUGAAGACGAUGACAAUGAUGACGAAAAUGAUGAGGACUUUAAACCAAAUGAGGUUCUUGGUGUACAUGAUGAAGCUGAGUUGACCAUAACAAAUGGGAAUAAAAUGUUGUGCCGGACACGUCUGCACAGUGUCAUUUCCAAAGAUGAUGACACUGAAUACACACCAGAUGAUGUUGAUGGUACAGAUGCUGAAGAAGAAGAAGAAGAAGCACUGCCUAUGACAAACAAAAAGUCUGGUAAGCUGCGAUUGCGCAAGUGCAUUCCCAAUAUGAAAGAAGAAGAAGAAGAAGAUGAUGAUGAUGAUGAUUACGAUGAGGCUGCUGAUGAAGAAUUCACAAUAGAUGAGGUUGAUGGUGCAUAUGAUGAGGAAGAUGUGUUUCCUGUGAUCAAAAGCAGCAAGAAGUUGAGAAAGAGACGAUUACAUAAGGGAAUUGCCAAAAGUGAAGAGGAUGAUGACAGUGACGAGGAAUUUAAACCAAAUGAGGUUGAUGAAGUUGAUGGUGUAUAUGAAGAAGAAGAAGAGUUUCUCUUUCCAUCGGAGAGCGAGACGCGGUUGCAAAGAGGCAUUUCCAAAGGACAAGAAUAUGAUGAUGAUGAAUAUUACUCCACUCUAGUUGAGGUUGAUGACUUUGAUGAAGAAGAAGAUGGUAUGUCCAUGAUGAGAAGGAGUAGGAAGCUCCACCGGACAUGUCUAGACAAGGGCAUUGCUAAAGGGAAACAGUGUAACACUACUACCUCUGAAGUCUCAAUGAAGAUCACAAGGGGGAAAAGGAGAAGUAAAUGCGGAGUGAAGAAGAGAGGAAGAGUUGAUGAAGAUGUGAAGUUAAAUAGUAUUACCUCUGAAAAAGAAACGGAUAAGAUCACUAAUGAAGAGAGGAGUAAGAAGCUAAUUGUACAUUCAGAUUCGGAUUCUAGAAAUUCUGGGCCCUUGGACUAUGUGUACAGUAUCUCUGAAGAAGAGAGAGAACAAGUUAGAGAAGCUGGUGAAUUUUGUGGUGGCUUGACUUCUAGUUGGAGGUGUCCAGUUGUCCCAAAGGAUUUAUUGGAACAAGAAAGGGCACAGCUUCAAAAGAAGCGGUCAAGAAGAAAAGAUAAGGCGAAGGUAGAAGAUUGGAAGACUGAAGCAGGAAAGCAGGUUUGUGGAAUUUGUUUGUCUGAAGAAGGUAAAAGAAGAGUUCGAGGAACUUUGAAUUGUUGCAACCACUACUUCUGCUUCGCUUGCAUCACGGAGUGGUCAAAGGUUGAGUCUCGUUGCCCCCUCUGCAAGCAAAGAUUUGUCACGAUCAGCAAGCCUGCAAAAUCAAACACUUGUUUAGAUUCAAGGACUGUAGUUAUUCAAGUCUCUGAACGUGAUCAGGUAUAUCAACCAUCUGAAGAGGAACUUAGGGGGUAUCUUGAUCCAUAUGAAAAUGUCAUUUGUACUGAAUGUCAACAAGGUGGGGAUGAUGCUCUAAUGCUUCUCUGCGAUCUCUGUGAUUCAUCUGCACAUACUUAUUGUGUUGGUCUUGGGCAUGAAGUACCUGAAGGGAAUUGGUACUGUGAGGGCUGUAGACCAACAACUGCUCUUGAUUCUCUGAACCAACGAAAUUUGAAUCUUCCUUCUGAGAGUAGAACAAGCAGCUUCUCUGUCAGAUCACCUACACCCCUCCACAUGCCAAAUGUGAGAGAGUCUUCUUUUGAUUUAAAUGAGAUGUACAUACCUGAGACUCCAUUAAACCAGGAAGUUUUUAAUGUUCCAUCUCCCAGAACUGCUUUCCCACCAUCAGGAACUGCCGCAACUGUUUCGGACAGGAGAAGGAUACAACGCCAAAUACACCUCAUCCUCAAUGACAGAAUGAGACAGGGGGGUGACAAUAGAACUACUGGGGUUCCAGCUGGUGUCACAGGGAAUUAUCUUUUUGGCUCUCAGAUUACAGGGUUAGCUCCUCAAACCCAUGUUUCCUUCCUUCAUGGAAGAAGGUUGCAGGGUAGUAGUAUCCCCGUUUUAUCGCAAAGUAGGAAUGCUUUUGCUGAAGCAUCCAGCCAUUUUAGUAUGCAACCGUUUCAAAACCAACCUUCUACAUCUGCUCACAGACCCUUUAGCGGAUUGUUGUUACAAGGAGCGGUUAACUUAGGAAUUGGUUCAGGGUUGGUUCAUCAGCAACUCCAUCCUUGCAGUAGCAGCAGACCUGACAUUGUGCCUGAUGCUCGCACAUCUCCUUAUCAAUUUAGAGAGGUGAGACCCUUUAACAACUACAACCAUCUCGUACAGUCAUUAGUAAUUUGAAAACAUGUUUGUGGAUGUUCGGAAUUAACUACAUUUAGUUUGAAUUUCUAUUCUCCAUUUCUCCUACAUAUUGUUUUGUGCUUCAUAAAAGUGUAGUAUAUAUACCCAACCAUGUGGCAAAAAUUUGAGCUACAAUACUACACGUCAGAAAAAGGUGGACAGAAUGGGGGAGUUGGCAAGUGUGUCAACCAUUUUCUUGGAGCCUGUUUGGCAUCAUUACCAAUUUUCAGUUCUUGGUUUAAUGACUUUAUUGGAGGAUGUACAAAUAGCUUUUAUAAUAAAGCAAAAAUAAUUAUACUCAUAGUCAUACUUAUCAUACCCUUUUUAAAAUUACUAACAAAUAUUUGAAAACCACUUUUGUUGUUUUUUAUUGUUUUGUUUUACUUAUAAAAAACAGGACACAAAAUGUUAUGAUGCCGAACAGAGCCUUCACACAAUAUUCUUGUUGUAAGAAGAAAACUAUUUUUAGGAUGUUUUUAAUUGGACUGAAAUUUUUGUGGUCUGGUAAAUGCUAAGCCAUGCAUUCUUUUGUUAUAUAGGCUGCUGUACCUUCUAUGCCUUGGCAUGGAGGCUAUACACAUCAGUUUCGCUAACUGGAGUCUUGAGGGCCAGCCAAGUGAAGUUUUCAUAUAAUCUCCAGAGAUUGGGAAAGUUUUGAUCUUAUAAUACACACAAGGUUAUCAUGUGUUGUUUAAAUUUAUCUGCAAGGAAUAUGGUGAACAAUCCUAACAACGGUCUAAUCUCCAUCUGCUUCGUGUUGUCCUUCAAGCCCUUUCUUCACAUUCAACACUUUCGCGCCGGCAUUUCCCUGCAUGUCUUCCUCACAUUGACACUUGUGCACGGACACUUGUGCACAUCCAUUUUCAUGCGAGUCGUACUCACAUUUUACCUGUCCAUUUUCUUACAGUAAUUAUUUCUUCGAUUUUCCCCAUACAGAUGCCGCAAUUGGUGUUCAAUUAUUUCCUCCUGCCUAUAAAUAUUAUGACAAAUUUCAUUCAUGGAUAAUCAAUGAGGCCAUGCACCUUGUCUCUCUAAUUUUUUAGUUCGAUUGAUACAUUUUAUUUCUAGAAGUUGGUCCUCUUUACUGUUUUCCUUCUUAUAAGGAUAGACAUACUAACGCUAAUCUACCAUCUUAUAAGCAUGAAUAAUGUUAGGGGUGUAAUAGUCAUAGAAAAUGUGUUGGUGUACCUUGAUGUUUUAUAGGGUGGUACUUCAGGAUAUGAGAUUUGUACAUAACUAUGCUUUUCUCCGUUAACACCCGUUAACCCCAUCUAGGCAUUUCAAAUACGGAGUACUUUAAUGAGAGUUUAAUGGGAGUAAUAAUUAUAGGAAUAUGGGUUGCUCAUUAUAUUAUUCAUAGGCAUCUGGAAGGUCAAGCAAUAAUCCUUAUCUUAUCUCACUUUCUUAUGUCAUUACUCCCUCCGUGCUCUCCCAAUUCCCUCUUCUUCUUCUAUACUCUUCCGCCAAAAAGGUGCAAAAGACGCCCAAUUCGUCCAAUUAAUCAAAAGGGUUAGGAACUCUCAAUCUUCUCCUCGUGGCUUUGUUUUAUACUGAAUUGAAUGUUAACCCUAACAUUUUGAUUUAUAAGUGAAUGAGUUUGUAUCAUGGCUGAAAUGAAUUUGUUGCAUCUGUGCAUACAUCACACAGGGCCGGCCCUGGGCAUGUCUGCCAAGUGCGACCGCACAGGGCUCGGAUUUUUGAAGGGCCCAAAAAAAAAAUUUAAUAUUAUACCCCAGCCCAAAAUCCCCUGUGUAAAUCUAAAUAUGCUUGAAGAAUAUCUCUUUUUAAAUAAAUUGUAAGUUAUUAAUGACUAUUUUUAUUAUUAUGUUUAUUCGUAAGUUGUAUUUUAAGACAAUUUGCUUGCAUUGCAACUUGAAAAAAGGCCCAAAUUUUAUUCCCGCACAGGGUCUACAUUUCUUUGGGACCGGCCCUGACAUCACACAUCAUCAUCUCAAAAGAAAUCUCUCUGUUGGUUGAGGACAUUCACUUUCUUUAUCAUAACCUUUUCCAUUUAUUUAUAUCCACACAAAAUAAAGAGAAAAAUGUGUGUUGGCUCAACACAUUUUUAAAAUGACACAUUUUUAAUACUAAAGUAAGUCUAUUUCUCCUCUCAGAAUCUCUUAGCAGUAUUAAGUUAUUCAAACAAUAUAUUAAAUCCCUGUAUUCAUUAGUCGGCUAAUCGCGGUAGGUGGUGAGAUUAAGGAUUUGAUAAGUGCAUUUUUGUAUAAUAAUUUGUGGACGUAGAUUAAGUGCUAUUUAUGCAUCGUUUUUCAAAAUUGAAGUUGUUGAUUAACAAGAGUCAAAUUAUUUUAAAGUGAUACAACAUUUUUUUGGUAGGUGUUAGUGGCUAUCCUUAUCAAAUUAUUAAGUUAUUCAAACAAUAUAUUAAAUCCUUUUAUUUUUUGUGGGCAUUACUCUAAUUUUGGUUGAUUUAAGUUUCUGUAUAAUCCUUAUCUUGAGAGGACAAGUUUUGUUUAGGCUUGGUUCUUAUUUCACUUUCAUGAAACAGACCCUUUUCACAUAAAAAAACAUUUUUGUGGCAUGUCAAAAGAGGCCAACGCUGAGCAAGCCUUCGAGCUCCAAUCUUCCAGACAUUCUUAUUCUCUUAGUGUGAAUUAAAAAUUGCAUUCUUUGCAGGCGGGAGGAUUUCCCACACUUCUUUUCUUCCCGGCUGGAAACAAGUUUUAUGAUCCAGUAUCUGAUAUUUUGUUUAUCUGUGGAUGUAGUUUGGUAAGAUGUAUUCAAUAAAGGGAAAAGGUGCAAAUAAGCUCUUGAACUAACCGAAAAAGUGCAAAUCACCCCUUUUAUAGGAGGUUCUCUCCGGCUGUCGCCAUUUGCGGCGGUUCCUGGUAGAAUUUUUUUAUGAAUAUUUUUUAGCAUCUUCUUCAUUAAGUUUAGUUUACCCAUACCAAAUUUCAGCUAAAAACUCAAACGGGAAGGUAGUCAAAUGAUUUUCUGAAAUAUACUGUGUUGUUUAACUGCGCAGUUAUUUUCAAACAUUUAUUUGACUGUCUUCCCGAUUGCAUUUUUAGCUGAAAUUUGGUAUGGGUAAACUAGGCUUAAUGAAGAAGAUGAAAAUUCAUCAAAACAUUCCACCGGGAACCGUCCCAAAUGGCGACGGCCGGACAGAACCUCCUAUAAAAGGGGCGAUUUGCACUUUUUCGGUUAGUUCGACUGUUCGAGGGCUCAUUUGCCCCUUUUCCCUUCAAUAAAUAUUACACACGAAACAUUUGUGAUAUUUGGAAGUCUUCUUUAUUCAUAUUACUCAUAUAUUCACUCAAUCUAAAUCGAUGAAUUAAUAUCUCACAAUGCCCUUGGGCAUUACCACAAACGCGCAACGCGCGUUACUAAACUAGUAGUAAUAAUAAUAGUUAUUAUCAUUAUCGAUGUUAUUAUAGACAAAUCUUCAUGUCCGGUUCAUGUCCGGCCGGCCUGACAAGAACCGCCGUCCGGCCGAGGGCAUUUCGGGCACUUCAUGGUGGGAUUUUUUUAUGAAAUUUUUUGAGCAUGUUCUUCAUGAAGUCUAGUUUAUCCAUACCAAAUUUCAGCUAAAAAUUCAAUCAAGAAGGCACUCAAAUAAUUUCUUGAAGUUAACUGGCCAGUUUAUAUGUAUGAACUGCCCAGUUAACUUCAAGAAAUUAUUUGAAUGUCUUCCCGAUUGAAUUUUUAGCUGAAAUUUGGUAUGGAGAAACCAGACUUGAUGAAGAACAUGCCCAAAAAAUUUCAUCCAAAAAAUCCACCGGGAAGUACCCGAAAUGCCCUCGGCCGGACGGAGAAUCCCGUCAGGCCGGCCUGACAUGAAGGCUACUCGUUAUUAUAUAUUAUGGUUGUUAUUAUUAUGACUAACAUUACUCCGUAUGUAUUUUCUAAAUUAUUCUAUUACGUCUUCCAUUAUUUAGCCUUUUAUUAUAUCUAUCAUUUUUAUCUUUGUUUAACCUAGUUUGGUUUUUAUUUUUCUUUAUUAUUAUUAUUGUUGUUGUUUAUUACUUUCUCCAUAUUGUAUUGUUUGCUACAAUAGCAUGUCACAUGUCAAUUGAUUGUGAAUUAUGAUUGUAAUUGUUGCUUAAUAAUCUUUCUGUUUUACAAAUUUUUUUCCCAAUUUUAUGAGCAGGCUUUGUGUAUAGGUGAGUGCGGUUUUGGCUCACAGCUUACUACAUUGAAGGGGCCAUAAAAUUAUAAUCCUUCCGUCUCAUUAUUAUUAUUCUAGUCGUAUACCAAAUUUGAUAAAGUUAUUGCGGUUUUAAGUUAUUCUUAUUUUAUCAAUUCAUGUCAAUCAUAUAAGUGACUCAUUUUUCUUAGUAAUCGCACCAAUUUCUAAUGUCCCAAUGUUAGUGGAAUGUAUGUAGUAUAAGUGUUUUUGAGUAUUUAAAUUGAAAGUUUCAAGAAUGUGUUUAAUAUAGGGUUAUUCUCG